AUGAAAGAUAGCUUAGCUGGAGAGAGAUUUGAAGGAAGAGGGACAGACGGACUGGAAGUCACUGGAUCUGAUAGACGGUGUCUAACGACCGUUGCUCAUACUUCGUCACUCUUGAAGCCAGACAAAGGGCCAACUUGCAAUCUGGUGGCUCGACAGAUUAGCCGCCGAGGGGGAUGCUGGCCGGCGCAUCAUUGGCUCAGCGCAAAGGCCCCAACGGUGCAUGAGGGGCAGCUCUCCGCGAAUAAUCAGUCGGAAAUGGUUGAUCUCCUCCUUCACGGCGCUGCAGGGUUGCAUGUGGCUGCUACUAGCACUAGGCCUGGUUUGUGUCGCUUUUCCAUCUGCCGGUGGGACCCUGAGAUAUACUUAGCAGAUGCUUCUUGUCUUCCCCGAGCGUCGGGAUCGGCCCGCGGCGGUACCCUAAGAUGA